AACAUGAGCAAUCGCCUUGCGCGUACAGCAAGCUCGCUGUCCCUUCACACAACAUCAUGCAAUGCCAUCCGUUCUCCUCGACCCUGCAUCGUCGCCAAAUGGCUCCAAUCCCGCCGAAACUUGACGACAUCACCUCUCGCUGCCAACCAGCAGGAUACGGCUGCCGUUCCGCUUCGCAAACACCUCAAAGAUGAAGCGAAACGCAAAAAGGCGGAAGCCAAAUUGUCCAGCACCAAAAUAGCCAAAUCAGAUCCGAGGUUGGACAAAUGGGAGCUCACAGUGGGAAUUGAGAUCCACGCCGAGUUGAACACCGCUUGCAAGCUGUUCUCCAAUGCGCCGGCACUGUCAGGCGAGGAAAAUGGAGGAGCAGCCAACACCAAAGUUGCGCUAUUUGAUGCUGCUUUGCCAGGUACACAGCCACAGUUCCAAGUAGCGACAUUGCUGCCUGCGUUGCGUGCUGCAAUUGCAUUGGAUUGCGAUGUGCAGAGGAAGAGUGGGUGGGAUCGAAAGCACUACUUUCACUGGGAUCAGCCAAACGGAUAUCAGAUCACACAGUACUACGAACCGUUUGCGAGAAAUGGCCAGCUCGUCCUCACUGCGGAUGAUGGUGUUCCACAAUCUGACUUGAAUGGCGCGGAGAGCUUAGAAAUUGGUAUCAAGCAGAUUCAGAUGGAACAGGACACCGCGAAAACCACCUCACAUGGCGUAUCCACGUACCAUAUCGAUCUGAACCGAGCUGGGCACCCACUGAUUGAGAUCAUCACCUUACCGCACAUCCAUUCCCCGCAGACCGCCGCAGCUGUUGUGCGAAAAAUCCAGUCUACUCUCAAGAGCGUGGACGCCUGCACGACAGGCAUGGAACUUGGCGGUCUGAGAGCAGACGUCAAUGUCUCGAUUCGAGAGCGCGGAACUAGCGGAACAUCUUCAUACAGUGGUGUCAGUGGAUUGGGACAAAGAACUGAGAUCAAGAAUUUGUCUUCGUUCAAGGCAGUCGAAGAUGCCAUCAUCGCAGAAAGAGACAGACAGAUCUCCGUUUUGGAGGCAGGCGGCGUCGUCGAGGGUGAGACCAGGGGCUGGACUCUGGGCGCGACGGAGACUACGAGGUUGAGAGGCAAAGAGGGCGAAGUAGACUAUCGCUAUAUGCCUGAUGCGGAUCUCCCACCAUUACUGGUCGGCGAGGAUCUCGUGGAAUAUCUGAAAAGCACGCUGCCAGAACUCCCAGACGAUACGAUGAAGAGAGUGAUUGGAAGCUAUGGACUGAGCUUGAAAGAUGCAAAAACAAUAGUGGCACUGGACGAUGGAGAUCGUUUGGAGUUCAUGGAGGAGACGGUCGAGUUGUUGAAGGAGAAGUUGGCUGGCACUGAACAUGGUGCUCAGCACAAGCUCGGCAAAGCUGUAGGCAAUUGGGUAUUGCACGAAUUGGGAGGUCUUUUGGAUGCUUCUGUCAUUUGGGACGAAGUGUCCGUUACGCCGCAAGAGCUGGCCGACAUCAUCAGCAAUUUGUUUCGAAAGCAGAUCACAGCGCGGACCGCGAAGCAAUUGCUCGCCACUUUGUACGAAACUCCCACUUCGGACGUCCGGCCCUCCGUGGAACAGCUCAUCGAGGCUGGCAACCUGCGCCUGCGGCCAUUGUCCGAGGAAGAAUACUCCUCUCUGAUACAGGCCAUCAUGGACGAGAACCCGGACAAGGUCACUGCGGUAAGAGAUAAAGGUCAAAAGGGCAAGAUCAUGUGGUUCGUCGGUCAGAUGGUACGAAGAGGCGAGGAAGGGACCGUGGAGCCCGAGAUGGCGAAACAAAUCGCGGAGAGAAUGCUUGGGUGAUAGCCAACAGAGGUUUUGUGGAGGCUGUGAAGAGAUUUACUUUGUGCGAAACGCCGGCCUCACGCACGCAGCUGCAACAGCUUUGGAAGCAUCACCAUUGCGCCAACAAUGCGUCUGAUCCGAAGGCCAAGCAUUACGAUCGAAUAUGGCUCUACAGCCGAUGAUGAAGCUACGAGAUGCGAAAUCUCCUUCCUCCAUACACGAGAGUCUAAAGAGGCUUGCAGCACGAAGGACAACCCAGCCAGGAACAUUUGUCAAAGUCGUACCCGACCUCGUUUGCAACCCUCGCCUUACUCCGCCACCCCUCUCUACCACCGUUGCGGCUCAGCACGGAGAGUAGCCAAGCAAACCAAGCCAGGAACUAAGAUCAAUCGCUGACGAAUUUAUCUUAAUGGUUGGAUGCUUCUAGCGCCCGCUGAAACCUGAGUUUGAAGGUGCAAUAACCUUAAAGCAUACUACGAUGGAAAGAGUAAGACGCAAACUCUUAAAGUCUCGAUCGCCACUCGAGGAUACCUUUCGGAGAGGAAUCCUCCGACCUCACUCGGGCUACGCGUCUGUCACGUCCGCAAGGUGCAUCCGAGGAUCCUUCUAGGUUCAACAUAUCCGUCUCUUCCUGCAUCGACCUUUCCAUCCUACGAACAGCUAGUCUCUCAGCCCUGCCUAUCUCGAUUUUCCUAAGUCUAUCCUGUGGCGUAUCCUGCGGCGUAUCCCAACCCGAAGGUAGGUAAGCGCAUUUCGUACACGGAAUCUCCCAAAGC